AUGGCUGCUGCUGCUACCGCCGCCGCCGAGGCGGGCCUUCAGUAUACUCCCAUCGACGAAAUUCCCAAGAUCGUCUCGGACCUUCGCGCCGCCUUCAUGACCGGCAAAACUCGCUCCAUCGAGUACCGAAAGAACCAGCUCAAGCAGCUCGCCUUUAUGCUCAAGGACCACCAGGACGAUUUCAUCAACUCGCUACAGAAGGAUCUCGGCCGUUCGCGCUUCGAGAGCAUCUUUGCCGAGCUCAUGGGCACCACCAACGAAAUUGUCGAGGCCGUCCACAAGCUCGACAAGUGGGCCAAACCCUCCAAGCCCUGGGCUGGUGCUGCCUGGGCCAUGCACGGCGCCUCUGUCCGCUCCGAGCCCAAGGGUACCGUUCUCGUCCUCGGUGCCUGGAACUACCCCGUCACUGUCCAGAUCGGUCCCGUCGUCGGUGCCAUCGCUGCCGGUAACACCGUCAUCCUCAAGCCUUCCGAGGUGGCUAGCCACACUGCGAAGCUGAUCGCUGAGCUCUGGAACAAGUACCUCGACCCCGAGUGCUACCGUAUCAUCAACGGUGGCAUUCCCGAAACCACCGCCGCCCUCGACCAGCGCUACGAGCACAUCUUCUACACGGGCAACGGCACUGUCGGCCGCAUUAUUGCCGAAAAGGCCGCCAAGUGGCUCUGUCCCACCACGCUCGAGCUCGGCGGCAAGUCGCCUGUCUACGUCGACAAGAGCGCCGACCUCAAGAUUGCUGCUCACCGAAUCCUCUGGGGCAAGUCGUUCAACUGCGGACAGACCUGCAUCGCUCCCGAUUACGUCCUCAUCUCUCCUGAGCUGCAGGACCAGUUUGUCAAGGAGCUUCAGAAGGCCUACGAGCGCUUCUAUCCUGAGCUCCAGGGCGGCGUCAACAACUCGGAAAGCUACGCGCGCAUCAUCAACCCGGGUCACUGGAAACGCCUGACUGCCAUGCUUUCCGGCACCAAGGGCAAAGUCGUGCUCGGCGGUGAAGGCGAUGAGGCGACUAAAUUCCUCCCUCCCACUGUCAUCGCUAACGUCAAGCCCGACGACCCCAUCAUGGCAGGCGAGAUCUUUGGUCCCUUGCUGCCCAUUGUCCCUGUCAAGGAUGUCAGGGCCGCUGUCGAUUUCAUCAACUCGCGCGACCAGCCCCUGGCUCUCUAUCUCUUCGCCGGCGACAGCAAGGUCAAGAAGUACUUCUUUGACAACACCCGCUCGGGCGCGUGUGUUCAGGGUGACACCUUGCUCCACUUUGCCGUCGAUGCGCUUCCCUUUGGCGGUACCGGUCCUUCCGGCUACGGCAAUUACCACGGCAAGGCUUCGUUCGACCAGUUCAGCCACCAGCGUGCCAGCUUGGACGCUCCCUCGACGGGCCUGCUCGGCAAGAUCAUUGAGAUCGUCAUGUCGUCGCGAUACCCACCCUACACCAACGCCAACCUCAACAAAAUGCGUCUGCUCGCCGAAUACUCGGUCUCGUUCAAGCGCCCCUCGAACCCGCACUCGAGUGCCACCGCUUCAUCGGUAAGUCAUCAUCGCUCUUGA